GCAUUCUGGGUACUGUGUAAAGAUGGCGGCGUCCUCAGCGGCAGGACGCAUUUUGACUCUGUGUAAGCGGUUUGAGGGUGUUAUUAGGUUUUCUACAGGGGUUAAUGCACAGCCCUGUUCCAUCAAUGCGUCUAAAUUCUACAAUCAGUUUUGCAGGGAAAGGUCUCCACCUGCUGGCCCCUCAUGGUUUGGUCAGAUGAGCUCUGUGAAUCAAUGCCGAUCACUGCACACAACCAGCUGCAGGAGGGGACUUGAAGAGUUCUUUGACCUUCCUGAGAAUUGGGGAGAGUCCACUGUUAAGUCAGGUGAUUCCUGGACUGCAGCACAUCUGAGAACCAAGAGCAAUGAGGAUUUACACAAACUCUGGUAUGUACUGCUGAAAGAAAAGAACAUGCUGCUGACCAUUGAGCAAGAAGCAAAAAGGCAAAGACUUCAGAUGCCAAGCCCAGAAAGACUGAGGAAGAUUGAACUGUCCAUCUUACGGCUGGAGUCUGUGGCUCAUGAACGAGAGACGGCGCUGCGUCUGCUGCAGACAGGACAGGAAAAAGGUCGACCAGGAGCCUGGAGAAGCAAUGUGUUCGGAUACACCUACUGGUAUCGAUUCAAAGAAUAUGCGAUUCCCUGGUACAUGAACAGAAAAUACAAGGGGAAAAGGUUCUACACACCUUCAUUUGUCCAACCAUAUAUUAGACUGCGUGUGGAAAACUACCUGAGAGAUAAGAACCGGAAAAAGAAAAUGGAGAUGCAAACUCUGGCCAAACUGAAAGAGAAGUUCCCACAUAUGAAGGUUUCUUCUUCUUCGUGAAAAUCCAGGCUGCUGUUGUGCAGCUGUGACCCGUGUGUUUCUGUAUACAAUGAUUUCUUCACUUAUUUGCAUCUUGACAUGGAGAAUAAAAUUACUUGUCAUGUUAUAUA